CAGCCAUCAACUCAGAGGCAGCCUAUUGUCUGGAGCCAAGCUACUGUAUUGGACUUGUGCAGGAAACUCCUAGUUGGAAUCAUUUAGGAAAGUCUUACUACUGAUGGAGACUCUGCACCAUCCCCUGGUAAAAAUGGAAGAGGACUAUGCCUUGAGCUCUGACUCUGAACCGAAUUCUACUUGCAUGGCCAACACUUGGGACUGGAAAAGUCAUAAUGAGAGCUACUCACUUAGCCAGACCCCAUCGCCUCAGAGUGUGUCCCCUGCAGCCUCCUAUGAGUCUACUUAUUCCUCCAGCCCACACACUGGACAAGGUCUGGAGGAGAUGCCAUUCAGCUACAGCUUGCUACAGUAUCCAACACUUUGCCAUGGAGACAACGGAGCUCUCACCAAGAAGGAUCAUGGGCAUAAAACUUCCAUGACGACUCAUCGUAGGAGAAAAGCCAGUGAGAGGGAGAAGCUACGCAUGAGGGCAAUCGCUGAGGCUCUUCAUACCCUCCGCAACAAUUUACCACCAAUGUACAGCCAAGGGAGGCAGCCGCUCACCAAGAUCCAAACCUUGAAGUGCACCAUCAACUACAUCAGUGAACUCACAAACCUUCUCCAGUGCUCCAAGAGAGCGUGAGGUUGGCUAUCGAUUCUGCAGGAGCUGAGGACUAGGGGUGCAAUGGGUUUAACUCAGGACAAGUCCGUUUUCUGCUGAUGGACAAAUGUUUGGGGAUCUUCUGUAACAUGGAGAUAUCUCGACUGAAACACCAGGCUGGAUUUAGUUAGUCUCUCUAAUAAGCAGCCUCUAAAUACUCUUCAAUGUGAAGAGGUAAAAAUGACUUAAAGACUCUGCUUUUCUAGAAGUCUGUGUACCCCUGCCAUGCUUAUGUGCAACUGCUGUAAAUACCCCACUGUUUGUGUAUAUUUGAUACUUACCCUUCAUAUUCUGAUUAUUUAUAAUAAUAUGGUCAUGUUCAUACUGAAUUGUAAAAUAAAAAUACUAUUAACUUAA